CAGAAUAGUGAUAACUCUGUUAAACGGCAGGCGAUGCUUAUUGUUUUAUACAUUUCUAAUCAGUUUCCAUUAAACGUUUUAACGAUCAGUAUUAAUACGGCAUAAUAAGGCAUAACUAAAAACUUUAAGACAAUGAAACCAUUAUUAUCUCUACAAAUCUCAUCUGUUCUGUACUUUAUGCUUAUGUGUUGUUUACUAACUAGUGCAAAACGUGAGGGAAGAAACUGCAAGUUAUCUGGGACAAUAGGGAUUUGCGAACGGGUGAAAAAUUGUCCUGCAGCUGUUGAAUCCAUGAAAAAGACUUUUACUCCGGGAUUGAAAAGGUGUGGAUUUGUCGAUCAGGAAGAACUAGUUUGUUGUCCGUAUAUGAAGUCGUCUCAAAAUAAUGAAAUAAUUCAUGGUUUAACGCCAAUAAAAAAUUCAAAGGAAUUUUGUGGGAAUCUUGUCAGGGACUAUAACUCCAAACCUAUGCUUAAUAUAUUUCGUGGUGCAAAAGCUGAUAGUGAUGAAUAUCCUCAUAUGGCAGCAUUGGGAUAUCCAAAAGAUAAUAAUCAAACCGACCUAGAGUGGAGGUGUGGUGCAAGUAUUAUAUCACACAAGUUUUUGCUUACUGCUGCUCACUGUAUUAGAGAUAAAAGUCAAAUAAGUCCAACUAUAGCUCGACUGGGAAUUACUAAAUUAGACGAAAAAAAUGCACAGGAUUUAUCUAUAAAGAAGACAAUAAUGCAUCCAGAGUUUGAUGCAAAAAGGGUGCACAAUGACAUAGCGCUAAUAGAAGUCAAUGAAGGAAUUGCUUUUCAGGGCAAAACAUUUCCGGCCUGUUUACAUUUCGAUUAUGAAGUGCCAUCGAUAUUAACUGCAACCGGAUGGGGAACCAACGGCAGUAACUCAAGUAGCUUUAGUAACGCAUUGAUGGAAGCCGAUUUGGUUUCAGUAUCCAAUAAUGAAUGUGAUGAUUACUAUUCAACUAGACUCAUUGAACCAAGAAAUAUAAGUGAUACACAAUUAUGUGCAAAAUAUAAUACAGGUGACACUUGUCAGGGUGAUUCUGGAGGACCACUUCAGAUUAAAAUCAACGAAACCUAUUUUAUCGUGGGUAUUACAUCAUUUGGAGUAGGCUGCGGAGAAAAUCAUUUUGGAGUAUAUACUAGGGUGUCGAAAUAUGUAGAUUGGAUAGAUAAAAUAAUAUGGCUUAAUAAUAUAGCUUAAAAUAAA